UAUCGUGUGCGCCGCCCGCCCUCCCCGGUGCGUGUGCGCGCGCGCGUGUCCGUGUCCGUGUGAGUGUGUGCGCGUGUGUGCGCGGGGCGCGGGCGGGAGUGGGCGCGUGCGGGAAAGGCCUGAAACCACCUUAGUUUGCACCGCGAGAUCCUUUGCAGCGGAGCCCGAAAGUUUGACGAGGAAGAGGCGCGCGGCGAGCCGGGCGGCGGCGCCGAGGACAUGGUGCGGCCGGCGCCGGCUCCGCGGGCGUGAAGGCGGCGCCCCCUCCUCCCUCCGGCGGCGGCGGCGGUGUCCCAGGAGCUUUUGCUUACAAUUCCAGUCUCCAAAAAGAACACUUGGGCGAUGGUGAGGGCCUCGACCCCUUCUCUGACUUGCUGUCAACCAUGAACGAGUGGGUGUGAUGCCUGCUGGCCGUCAGGGUAAGCAGUGACCUUUGGAGGUGACUGUAACUGAAGAUUGCUUCACAGAAGCCACAAAAGGUUUCUGAGUCAUGAUGCAAGAAUCCGGGCCGGAGACAAAAAGCAAUGGUUCGGCCGUCCAGAACGGGUCCAGCAGCGGCAGCCACUUGCUAGAGUGCGGGAGCCUUCGGGAGGCGCGGGCCAACGGGGAGGCGGCCGUGGACGUGGCGCCGGCCGACCUGGCCCACGCGCAGCAGCAGCAGGCUCUUCAGGUGGCAAGACAGCUCCUCCUUCAGCAGCAGCAGCAAGUUAGUGGCAUCAAGUCUCCCAAGAGGAAUGACAAGCAGCCAGCCCUGCAGGUGCCCGUGUCAGUGGCUAUGAUGACACCUCAAGUGAUCACCCCCCAGCAGAUGCAGCAGAUCCUGCAGCAGCAAGUGCUGAGCCCUCAGCAGCUCCAGGUGCUCCUGCAGCAGCAGCAGGCCCUCAUGCUCCAGCAGCAGCAGCUUCAAGAGUUUUAUAAAAAACAACAGGAGCAGUUGCAGCUUCAACUUUUACAACAACAACAUGCUGGAAAACAGCCUAAAGAGCAGCAGCAGGUGGCUCCCCAGCAGCUGGCUUUCCAGCAGCAGCUCUUGCAGAUGCAGCAGCUCCAGCAGCAGCACCUCCUGUCCCUGCAGCGCCAAGGCCUCCUGUCACUGCCGCCCGGCCAGCCCGCGCUGCCCCUGCAGCCCCUCUCGCAAGGCAUGAUUCCAGCAGAACUGCAGCAGCUCUGGAAAGAGGUGACGAGUGCGCACCCUGCCGAGGAGACCACGGGCAGCAGCCAUGGCAGCGUGGAUCUGACCACGGCCACCUGCGUCCCCUCCGCCCCUGCCAAGACCUCCCUCCUCAUGAACCCACAUGCCUCUACCAAUGGACAGCUCUCAGUCCACACCCCCAAGAGGGAAAGCGUGCCCCACGAGGAGCACCCCCACAGCCAUCCACUCUAUGGACACGGCGUGUGCAAGUGGCCAGGCUGCGAAGCAGUGUGCGAAGACUUCCCAUCGUUUCUGAAACAUCUCAACAGUGAGCAUGCGCUGGACGAUAGAAGUACAGCUCAAUGUAGAGUACAAAUGCAGGUUGUUCAGCAGUUAGAGCUACAGCUUGCAAAAGACAAAGAACGCCUGCAAGCCAUGAUGACCCACCUGCACGUGAAGUCCACGGAGCCCAAAGCCGCCCCGCAGCCCCUGAACCUGGUGUCCAGCGUCACGCUCUCCAAGUCCGCGCCGGAGGCCUCCCCGCAGAGCUUACCCCACACGCCCACCACGCCCACCGCGCCCCUCACGCCCGCCACCCAGGGCGCCUCCGUCAUCACCACCACCAGCAUGCACACCGUGGGGCCCAUCCGCAGGCGCUACUCGGACAAGUACAACGUGCCCAUUUCCUCAGCAGAUAUUGCGCAGAACCAAGAAUUUUAUAAGAAUGCAGAAGUUAGACCACCAUUUACAUAUGCAUCUUUAAUUAGGCAGGCCAUUCUCGAGUCUCCAGAAAAGCAGCUAACACUAAACGAAAUCUAUAACUGGUUCACACGAAUGUUUGCUUACUUCCGGCGCAACGCAGCCACGUGGAAGGGUGCCAUUCGCACCAACCUCUCACUGCAUAAGUGCUUUAUCAGAGUAGAGGAUGAGUGUGGGUCCUUUUGGACAGUUGAUGAUGAAGAGUUUAAACGUGGCCGCCAUAUUCAACGAGGCCGUCCUCGCAAAUACUGCCCCGAUGAAAACUCUGACGAGCUUGUCGCACAUAACCCUUCCCUCAUCAAAAACAUGCAGAGCAGCCACGCCUACUGCACGCCUCUCAACGCGGCUUUGCAGGCUUCCAUGGCUGAGAACAGCAUACCUCUGUACACCACCGCUUCCCUGGGCAACCCCGCGCUCGGCGGCCUGGCCAGCGCCAUGCGGGAAGAGCUCAACGGGGCGGUGGAGCACGCCAACAGCACCGAGAGCGACAGCAGCCCCGGCAGAUCGCCAGUGCAGGCUGUGCAUCCGGUGCACGUCAAGGAGGAGCCCCUGGACCCGGAGGAGGCCGAGGGGCCGCUGUCCUUGGUGACCACAGCCAACCACAGCCCCGAGUUUGACCAGGACAGAGAUUACGAAGAUGAAGCGGUAAAUGAGGACAUGGAAUGAACAUCUGGGUAGGCCGACCCCAAAAAUGAAGAUUGGAAAAAACAAAACACGUCAAAAGCGAGCAGUGACGCCGUUCUCCGCUUGCUGUACAGUCUGGAGGAGCGUCACUGCGCUUUGGCAGACUCUGAAAGGUUAACUCAGUGCCAUCCAGAACCCCAUUUGGGAGUAUUUUUGAUUUUUCUACUUUUUGUUGAAAAAAGGAAUUUGUACUCUGUGCAUCGGAUGGACGUGUUUGGUACUCGGGAUUUCCCCUCUAACGGUCAGCAGCUGUUGUAAAUUCGCUAAACCGACUCGCUUUCAGCAGCAGCCUCUGAACUGCAGUCCCGCGGACCGGACCGAGGACGCCCUGCGCGGGCCCGCGCCGAGGCCCGCUCCACGCUCUGCAUGUCGUCACUGCCUUCCUCCAGCGGGGUUUGUUUGGGGGUUUUGCUUCCAGUUGGGAUGGGGAAGGCCUUUGUGUGUUUAUUGGGGGGAGGGGUGAAAAAUAAUUACCCCACACUUUUUAAUGUAUUGCUUUUUCUUCUUGCUUCUCCUCUGCCAUUUUAAGUUCUGACCUCAGGCCUCCGCUGGGGCCCACGGCCUCCUGGGGGCUUCGUGUUCCUGUACCUUGUGAUGAAUGUUCUAGGUGUUUAUUAUACAGCGCUGAAUGUCAGUUCUUGUUUGUAGUUUUCUGUCACUCAUUCCAUUUUUCUUCAGACAUCACCAUGUUUUCUCCAAAGUCAGAAAACAUUCCGUUUUGGUCUUUUUCUAAAAGGUCCAAAUGCUGCACUCUACACAUGCAGGUCCGCGAGCGCGGCCUGCCCGAGAAUGGAUGACAGAAAAGCAGGGGCUCGGAGCAGCCGUGCGGGCGGGAGGGCUGGUUCGAUACGCGCUCUGACCUCGCAGCUGCCUCAUCCUCAGCGACCGCAGCAUCCCACCAGCUCGGGAAACGCAGGCCGCACCCCAGCAGCUCACCAUCUCGGGGCUGGCACCUGGCUGUGAAGGCUCACCUGGUGGGACCAACUCGGGACCAGCCAUGCUGUGCCAGAGUGGGCGCUGUGUUUGCAAAGGGGCCAGAAAGCCGGCUUCCUUGGCAGCCCUGCUGGAGUGGCGAUGGUGGUGGUGGUGGUGGUUUAACACCAGUUCAGACCUCAUGGUGGCAUCAGUCUGUGUGAUCCAGUCAGCUGUCCGGUGGAGACUGAGUUGGGCAGGUGCUGAGGUGUUGGUGUCACGUGCGCAGGCUGGCUGCUGCAGCUCAGUGCGCACGCCCUGAUCACACAGCCCAGGGCAGGCAGGCCUAGGAGACGGAGCGGGCGCGUCCAGCCUGGGCUCUGGGGCAGGAGGGGGGCGGGAGGGCCACUCAGCACCGCCGGCCCGGAGCGCUGGCCACGGCAGCCGCAGCCCUCUGCCCCGCUGCUCCCCUAGGACCGUAGCUCUUGUUUUUAGUUUGAGAGCCCUUUGGAGCUUAAUUUAUAUUCUUUGUACCUUUUUUUCUAAAAUUACCAAAGAUAUUACACAAAGGUAAAUUAUGUUCUCUGUUUUAUGCUUUAUCUGAUGAAGCCAAAUAUCCUCUUAUUGUUGAUCAAAGGAGGGAAGGACUUAGAGGCAAUGGGUGGGCUGUGGCUGCGGAAGCUGAGGAAGAGCUGCUCCUUCGUAGAUGUAGAAGGCCAAGCAGAUGAUGGAACCAAAGUUGUUACUUGUUUUAGUUGUUGGGUAUUUUUCUCUUCUGAAUCUCUACCAAGACCAAAUUCAUUCUUGUAAAGAGAGAUUACGGGGCUACUGGAGACGAGCGUAGGACACGGCAUUACAGCAGUCCCAGGGGAAGGGGGUCCGUCUCACUGCCUGUGCCUGGGGAGCUGCGGUGGCCGGGCCGAGGCGGCACCACGGAGCCCAGAGAGGAGCUCCCGCAGUGGGCCUGCACCUCCCGUGUGAUUCGAGAAGACGCUCCUUAGAGGAGGAUUCACGCCACUUUUGUUUCAGGCUGUGCUGUGGUCACUGUGGUAAUUUUGGUUUCUCUUGGCACAUAUCCUCUUCUUUGUUUAAACGUUUUUUUUCUUUGUUUUCUGAUUAGGCCUUGGCCAGCGUUUUUCAUUUUUUAAUAAAGUAACACUCCUGUCCACUCGUAAGCUUGGUACAAAACUCCUCUGGCAGUGGACCUGACGCGCCUCGGCUCUGCCGGCGCAGCCUGUGGCCGGCCGGCAGCCUCCCCGUGGCCGCUCAGCGGCGGCCAGCAGGGCCUGGGCAGGGCCCGUGCUUCUGAAGAGUGGUGGCUGGUUCGUUUGGUAUUCAAAAGAGGAUAAAAAUCUGGUAGAUUAGUUCAUUCUCAGCAUGUGUAGCUAGACAUGAGUAAAGAGAACAGCAUGAGAAACUGUUAGUACGCAUACCUCAGUUCAAACCUUAGGGAAUGAUUAAAAUUAAAAAAGUCACUCAGUUGCACUUAGUCGUAUGUCUUGCAUGCUUAGUCUAAAGACUGUAGCAAAGGUGAGAAGGAAGAAUUAGACUCCAUGUCGUGCAGGUGUCACAGCCUUGCAGGAGAACCAACUGAAAACAUUCUCAGGCUUACAGCAAGCAGACUCCGCUCUGAUUUCACACUCUGACUGUAUCCCGGGGGCUGCCCCGGCCGCUCCUUAGGAUGUUUAUUAUGUUGUACAUAUAUCCCAACUGUCUGUGUGAAUCUUUGUCUUUCUGGGGGAGGGAGGCGGGCGGAUCUUUUUUUAGAUAUUGUUCCUAAAAAGGAAUAAAUGCAUACACCUGUUUGUCAAAACACCUUUGCUUUUUGUGCAACUGCUUUAUAUUCAUGAUACUUAAAAAAUAGCUUUGGGGAGAAAACUACUGUAUGUAAUGGAAUUGCAGGAUAUGCUGCACAUGUAUUUUAUUUAGUUAUCCUUGCUUUAAGAAUAUCGGAUGACAUUUCCUGACAUGUGGGAGAGAGAAAUUCCCUACCCUUUUUUUCUUUUGCUUUUAAAUUGUAACAUAGUUAACAGACUUUUCCCCCCCUUCUCAUUGAUUGGAGCAUUUUGUACAGGUUUUGUGUGUGUGUGUGUGUGUGCGUGUGCGUGGGCAUGUGUGAUAAUCUGUUUUUUUUUUGAUACAUUCCUAUCCAUUGUGUCUAUCCUACACUGCCUUCCUGGCGAUCUUAAACAAGUUCAUACAUUUGAAAAGAGAAGAAAUGUUUUAACGAUGUUUUCUGCUGCAGUACAUAUUUGCAUGAUAAAAUUGCAGGGCCACACUUUCAAAGCUUAUCAGUGACGUGGUGAUUAAUGGCGAGGAGUGUCAAAGCUAUUGAACUUUUUGUAUUAAAAAAAAAAACACUUUACAAGGUGCCAAAAUGUAAACACAAUUUGUUACAUUUUCUCCAACAAAAAGCAAACCUUAGGGACGUGGUCCCGCGAACCAGGCCAAGCAAGCGCUGUCAGGAAUGACGACCCCACGGCCCCAGAGCCGGUCGCCGGCCGGCCCCACCGACAGCUCUGACACCUCACACCCAUCACCUAACCACCAGCCUGGUUCUUCACCCAAGUGAUGUAAAGCACUGGUUCUUAUUGUGAAAAGAAAGUUACAUGUUUCCUCUCCUUCCCACAUUCCAGCUGAGCUCGUUUCCCAGGGCGCAGGGGGCUUGCGUUCUAAGGGUUUGGGAUGGUGUGGUACCUUCGGUUAACGGUGUGCCCUGUUGAUACUUUGAAUGUGUUUGAGAGUCGGUUUUGCUUUUUUUAUCCUGAGAAUGAGACUUGUAAUCUAACGGCAUCGUGGGCCCCGGCAGUUCACGGUCUCCCCCAGACGGCGCAGACAGCACAGCGGGACCGCCCGCUCCAGGGCGGCGCUGCCAGCAACAGGAACUUCCGUUUUGUUUCGUUUUGAUACGGCAUAAAAGAAACUCAUUCCUUGAUAUCAACUGUAAUUCCAUCAUUCCGUGUCUGUGGAUGCAGACAAUAAAAAAUGUGUAGUCAGUACUGAGGACUGACAUGGCAUUCUCAAAUGCAAUAAAAUGCUGGUUGUUCACACUGGUGGUCAGAGUC